ACGAUAUUCCACUCGUUUUACAGUUUCACACUUGCACUCUCACAGAGAGAUACACACACUCACACACACACACACAUAUAUAUAUAUAUAGAGGGAGAGAUUCCUGCUGCUGUCAUUGAAGAUUUAACGACUGCGGAGGUCUACAAUAAAUACUUUCACCAUUUUCACGCCGUUGCCGCGGCCACACUUCGAUUCCUUUCCUUAUUCUCGUGGUAAUUACUCUCAUCUACCAACGCAUUUUAGGUAUUCACUGCAAAUUCACCUCGCAGCAUUUCGAAUCGGCUCCGGAAUAGAUCGAAAUUCGAAGUUAUUGAGGCUUCCAUAAUGUCUGAGAUAGCUGUCAGAGAUAAUAAUGUACCUGAGUCUCAGAGGAUAAAUGGAGGCUUCAGUAAUGGAAAAGUAGUAAAAGCUCAGGUUGAAGGUGUGAGCGAAAACACUGAAGAAAUUCAAAGGAAAGGGUUAGCUGCAGUGGUUGGCCCUUCCGCUAAGAUGGACGAAACAGAAAACUCUGAAGUAGUGAUAACCAGUAUAGAAGUAGAGUACAUUGAGUCUGAGGAUUUGAAGGAUGUAGAAGAUGUGGAUGAUUGUCUGAAGGCACUAUUAUCAGGACUUGGCUCCAAAGACUGGGUUACAGUGUGUGAUGCACUGAACAAUGUUCGUCGAUUUUCUAUAUUUCACAAGGAAGCUAUUGUUAGUAUGUUGGAAGAAGUCAUCUCCUUAGUCGUGAAAUCCCUAAAGAAUCCAAGAAGUGCUGUCUGCAAAACUGCAAUUAUGACUGCCGCAGACCUUUUCAAAGCAUAUAAGGACAGCAUCAUCGAUUCAUUGGAUCCAUUGCUGGUUCAACUUCUCCUCAAAUCUUCACAAGACAAGAAAUUCGUUUGUGAGGCAGCUGAAAGUGCAUUAGUAGCCUUGACAAGCUGGGUUUCUCCUGUUCUGUUGCUACCCAAGUUGCAGCCUUAUGUUACAAAUAGGAAUCCUCGAAUUCGAGCUAAGGCUUCUAUCUGUAUUUCCCGAAGUGUCCCACGGCUGGGAAUGGAUGGAAUUCAAGAAUACGGGAUAGACAAACUGAUCGUAAUAGGAGCGUCUCAGCUCAGCGACCGGCUUCCCGAGUCCAGGGACGCAGCUCGCGCUCUGCUGUUAGAGCUUCAGUCUGCAUACGAAAAAUCUCAAGCUCCGGAACCAACUGCUAUACCCGAGCAACCUCAAGUCCCAGAACCUACAGAUGUACCCGAACAGCCUGCUAUAGUAUCUUGGGAGGACUUCUGCCAAUCAAAGCUGUCGCCUUUAAGUGCUCAAGCCGUCCUUCGCGUUACCAACUCUGCUCGGGAGGUAGGUUCAUAGCAUAAACGUACACGAGCUUUUAGCCGGUAAUAUUUUCCCCGGUCUGUCGUCGUCAUCGUGGUGAGACUUAAAAAGUUUUAUACUUGUAUAUACCAUGAAAGUUUGGAGUGCUUGCAGAGAGGGAUGAGGUGAAGCACGUAUUUGUGCUAUAUGAUUUUACGCUUGUGGCGAAAUUUAAGACUAGCAAUAUUUCAUAUAAUUGCGUGUUGUUAUUUUUCUAAUGAUUUUUGCUUUGAUUGUAAAUUGUUAUGUGGAGCUAUGGCAUAUUUUUCUUACUGUUA